UGUCAGUCAGACGUGCGUGCAAAAAUCUACCAAAAAUGGAAACAAAUUAAAAGUUCUUGUUUGUUGUAAACAAAUAAAACAAUUCUUACCAAAGUUCGUCUAGAACAAACUAUUUCUUCUACAAGCAAAAUGAGUUUCGUAGACUUGGCAACGUUGACUUUUCAUCGACGGAACGAGCUGGAAGCUCGUGUAAACGUAUUUUUAAAUAAAUGUGACCAUGCUGUCAAUGACAUACAAAAGCUAAAAGUGCAGGCUCAAAGCUUUGUACAUGAUCUAAAUUGUGAGCCGUCAGAGCUAAAAGAAAAGUUUCUGAACUGCAUGAAGCAGCUUGACGAAUUCACAUACCUUCUCACUGACUUCAAUCUUGCUCUUGGACAAUUGGAAGAACAACAUGGAACACCAGAAUCCACCCCGGUGCAUGACAUGGCGCAUACAACACCUCUUCAACCUCUGAUAAUGCCAAUGAACCCAACGAACCUCAUUGAUGUGCUCAGCGAGCCGACACCGUCUACCUCCACCGCUUGCCCCAAUCUUUGCCCGUCUAAGAUACCAAAACGGAACAAAAUACCAAAGAGAGAUCAGCUACUAAUAGCGUUCUCUAGCUCUUCGUCUUCCUCGGAGAGCAUGCCUCAGGUGAAAUCGGUGAUGCUAACGAAGGAAGUACAGUGUGAACUCGCUGAAGGUGUCAAUGCAAUGACUAUUGAAGCUGAAGGUGUCAAUGCAAUGACUAUUGAAGCUGAAGAUGUCAAUGCAAUGACUAUUGAAGCUGAAGAUCAGGCAAGCCCUCCAGUAACUAUCAAUCUCCCUGCUCAGUCAAUUCUCCAGAUAGAACAGGUGUACAGCGCGACGAUCAUGAGCAUUGAUGGACCUUCCUUCUGGAUAAUCACUGAUGACAUUGAUGAAGUUUGCUCGAUGAUGGUGGAAAUGACGGAGUUCUAUAAGAAUAACCGCGUAAACCUCACCCUAGAAAAGGUGGCCGAGCUCACAUACUGCGCGUUCUACGACGAUGACAGCGAUUGCUUCUAUAGAGCUCUGGUCAUCAAAAUUAUACAGGAGGAGAACUACCUAGGAGUGGAAGUGUUCAUGGUUGACACGGGCGAGGUUCGCUCGGGGCUGAUAACCGACGUGCAACCGCUCAUGGGCCGCUUCUGUACUAAGCCACCGUACGCGCGCUGCUGCCAUCUGGCGGGGAUUGAGUUCGUCACUUAUGACAACGAGGAAAUGACGAAGAAACAAGAAGAGUUCAUAAAGAAGUACCGCGCCAACCAGUGCCGCGUCGAAGUUGAUGACAACACUUCAGAAUCGUUGGGAGUGUACGUGGUACUCCCCUCGGGUGAUAAAUUAAACGACCUUCUUGUUCAAGAGGGAUUCGCUCGCUCAACAGAUGCCCCAAGGACUGAGGAGGAUCGAUUGGAUGAAGCGGUCGGGGGAUUGGUGGAUAGCGCGGAGGAUAUCACGCAGUGUCCCGAGUACGAGGAUCCCGUUGAGGCGGUUACGGGUUACUCAAACCGCGACGAGGCGGACAUCUGCAAGCAUUACAAGGGCGUAGGCAAAACCUGUUUCAAGGGCGCCAGGUGCACCAAGAAACACAUCGUGAAACAUCCCGACGGCUGGACCCUAGACAAGGUGGAGGUGGUCGCCAAGCUGAAGACCAUGCCGCUGCCGCAGCCAGAUACAUGGCAUAAAGUGGUGGUCACGUACGUGUGCCACUACGACCGGCUCUACGUGCAGUUCGUGCGGGAUAAGAGAAGGGAAGACGACGAAGUGCCGAAUUUCGGCGUGGUGCUCCCGCCGAAGUCGCUGACCAGGCUCGUGCGCGACAUGAACAGCCCGGCUGCCCGCAUGAGCUACAAGCCGCUCGUGUUGACACCAGCCCCCGGUGAAUUGGUAGCAGCUUUGUACCCACUGGACAACCAAUGGUAUCGCGCCCGAGUGCUCUCCGUGACUCGAGCAGACCAGAAUGUCGAAGUGGUUUACGUAGACUAUGGCAACGUUGUGUGGGUGAAGGAAGACGAUAUUCGCGCGUUGGAACCACGCUACCUGCUACUGCCGGAGCAAGCCGUGCGCUGCGUAUUAGCCGGUGUGAGCGCGCGCUCGCAUCGGUCCCAGCAGUGGGCCGAGGCUAAGCGCGCACUCGCUAGCAUGGUGCAAGACCGGACUCUGGACGCCAGGAUCAUGUGA